CUCCACCGUCCGCGCCACCCGCGCUGUCUUCUGAUAGUUUUCAUUCCGUUUGUUUAUACACGCAGUGGUUUGACAGCGAUUUGUGUUUCGUGGUUGUGAGGAGAACCGCAAGCCGUAUUUCAAGGUUUUUGCUUUUCGUGACUCCUGCUUUUUGUGAGGGACCGUUCUUUAUUCAUUGCAAGCGGCUGCCUGCAUUUGUUGAGAAUGAGUGGGCAAACUAUUGCCGAUCAAAAGGAUCUCAUCAAGGAAUCGCUCCUUUCUUUUAUUCAAACGAGAGUGCCCACAGCUCAACUGAGUGUGGACGAGAUUGUUCUCAACUACUGUGUGAGCAUUCUUGAGGAACUUGGAGAAAAUCAGGAUCAUGAUGAGUUUGAUAUAGAAGGAUUUUGUGAAAUGAUGCAAGCGUUUGUUCAAGAAUUUUCGACAAUACCUCAAGUGGAGGUGGCUACUUGGAUGUUUGAGCUGGAAGCCAGGCUGCGAGAGCUCCGAAACCAAGUCAAUAGUGAUGAUCACAAAUACGAACUGCUGUCUGCCCUGCUGGCACCACUUGCUGUGGACAAAUCCAAACAACCAUCUCGCACGCCACGCUCUUCUGAAUCUAGCCUCCCUGGCAAUGAAACUACUCCACCAAAACGAGUUUAUUUGUUAUCAGAAACAAGUGAUGGGUCUUCUGAUGGUUCAAGCAAUGGUGACUGCCAAAGUGUUUAUGAUGAGGCUGUUUUUAUAUUGCAAGAGCUUUUCCCCAUGGCAAGUCUCCCAGAGAUUCAGCAUUGUGUUUCUGUUGGCGAUGGAGACCCUGGUGUUUCAGCUCAGCUCCUCAUUGACCGUCAGGAAGCAGGCCUGAGUAUUCUGGCCUCAACUGCUGUUAUACAAGCAGGACUGCGGCAGAAACCUGUGAAUGAUGAUGAGCUCAAAUCACGCAUUAUUGCCAAAUACAGCUAUGUUGACCGUGAGGCUGAACACCGUGAACACCACCCAAUUCAGCCUAAAUCUGAGCCGAAGAAACUUGUUCGGUACAGAGACAACAAAAUAGUGAGCUUGAAGGGAGAACGCUUUACUGAAGUGAAGCGUGAAGAUAUGGAGGAACCAAAAAAGCCUUUGGUUUCAGUGAAACCACAACGCAAAAAUCACAGCAAUCACUGAUCUUUGUAGCAAGCGGCCGCUUGGGGCGCGGACCGCUUUGCAGCAUGUGCUUGGCCCCUGCUAGUCAUCACAGAGCGCAGCCCAGAAAGAUAGUGAUUGUGCAAGCGCAGUGCACACUUAGAAGGAGUAUGCAGCUGCGAAUACCUUGUGACAAUUGUUGCUUGUAAGGGCAGCCUAGUGUCAUACAAACCCUCUGUGAUGUUAAUUGAAUGGGAGAUAUGAGAUGAGUCUUUUCUGCCAAUCUCCACAUUAUUUCACACUUUCAUUUGUGCCAGUAGAAUUUUAAUGGAAAUUCAGGCAAAAAAUUUUAAUGGGCAUAGAUUAGACCAUUUAAUGGGUGUGUAGCCAUGAUCUUUACCUAUAUUGCCGUCACCUUUAAAUACGUAGUAAUUCUCUGCUGGAGGUUUCUUUAAAUUGGAUAUUUGUUGUGGUACAAAGAUUUGGUGUACGCUAGACAAUGUUUAAAUGUCCUUUGAAAGACUAUGUCCUUAAUUCAUUUUAUGACUGUUAUGGGGCAUCCCUCGCCUUGUGCAGCAAUUGGUAGUCAUAGAAACACAUAACCUUAAGGUUUAUAAAUCUCACAUUGCCACAUCUCAUUGAAGUGUGCUCUUUUAACACACUCAUCAGCUGCUUUCAUAAUGCCUUUCUUUAAUAUUUAUUGUUGAUGUGACACUGAAGAUAUUCUGCAGCAGAAGUACAGACUGCAGACAGGAGUGGCAGCAACAACUAAUCCUUGAUUGGUCUUCAUCCAUUGAACAUUCCAGUAGCAAUAGUUCUUUCUGUUGCUCUAUAAUACAACUAUUAUCUGUAUUACCAAAGACUAAUUUUGCAUUCGAGUAUGACGUUACAUGGCAGAGAGUGUGCUCAAUUCCCAUUUUUGACAGUGUCUAUGUUUCAGAUAGGAAUUAUAAGUCUGAUGAUUGAACUCCUGACAUUGCAUGUGAAAAAUGUACCUUUCAAGUUAAACACUAAUUUGUGUGUGUGUGUUUUGUUCUCUUUGUUUUUACCCCUUAUUUUAAGUUGAUCUGUUAUGUGUGAGGUUUUUUUUGUAUGUUAUUUUAUCCUGGUAGGCCUUGGUAGUAUCAUUACAAUAUUUAUUUAUAUCAUUUUAUUGUUAAGAACUCAAAGUUUGAUUGUAUAGGAAAUAUGCACAAACUUGUCCUAUGGUAGAAUACUAUGGUGCUUCUCAUAGUUCCACUCACUUUUGUACUACCAGAGCUUUCAGAGAAGAAGGUAGUGUGAUUUCCCAACUUUUCUGGUAAUUCUGUAUCUAUGGUCCAUUGUCCAGUUUGUACCUUCAUAAUUCCAUUCUAAUGUGCUCUCUUUUAAACCAAGCGUUCAAACUAAUCUGUUUUGAACUUGUCAUGUUAUUGUCAGCCAUUAUGAUACUGUCAGAUCAUUCUUAUUUGCACUUGUUGUGAAUGCCUAAGCCAAUUUAUACCAAAGAGAUUUAAGUGCGUUUUCAUGAGAAUAUUGUUGUGUUCUACUGAUAACCCUGCCAGUUUCAGUUACCGCCUUUAAAGUUUAUUUAUUGAUUUACUUUACAAUUAUUUUGUGUGUUGUUUUUAGACCUGCAAGUAAGAUAACAUGGCAGCAGUAUUAUUUGUUUUGUUACUUUUUUUCUCCUCUUGGACUAAAUUCAUUGUCUCACAGUAAUAUAUUCCUCCUUCCUCAAAGUGUUUGAUUGUGUUUUGGAGGAAUAUAUCUGGAUGUGUACUGUUGUUUUGUUUAGAGUUGUGUUUAAAUGUGUAGAUAAACUGUAAUGUGUAAGUAGAAAUGUAGUGUAAUGUUUUAGAGUUAAAGAGUUCACACCUUCAGGACUGCAGCCUGCUUCACAAGUACAGUGACCAUAGUGAUCUUGUGGUUUAUUUUAAACUGCUACUGAGGUAUUAAUUUAAGUCUGUAACCCUUAAAAUGUGGCAGAUUCUGGAAAAGGCUUUUUUAAAAAUACCAAUACAAACCAAACUAAUGUUUUAACCCCUUUUGCCAUGAUCGGCAUGAAAUGAAAGUUGUAAAACUAGUUGAUCUCAUACUAGAUUUUAAGUGGUACUCUACCCAGUGUCAAUCAAACAAAAUCAACUACCAUCUGUUGCUUUUUUUUCAUCUGCCAGUUAGUGUGAUGUUUACCUGUGACCCUUGAUGCUGAAUAGAAUUGAUUUAUCCUGUGUAUUGCUGAUGUGUGGGAACAGUAGUUCUGGAAUGAGAACCAAUUGUAUUAUUACUAUUCUGAGAUCUGACAAUUUCCAAACAACUUUUUAUUUCCAUAUAAUCAAUUAAGUUUGAUUUCUGUUAAAAAAUACCGCUUAAAAAAAAUUGUACAGUAGUGGAAGUAAAGGGAUUUUUGUUUUGCUAACAUGCUAAUUAUUUUUGUUCUUGUUUUGUUAUAUUGGAGUGCUCUGGUUUGAAGUUUGAGUGAUGGUGAUGGGAAGGUUUCGUAUUAGUCUUCAAACUGUAAUUUGACUAUAAAAUGUCUGCAUUGUGCACAUUUUUGUUUUUGAAGUGUACCAAUAUUUUGUUUGACAAAUGGGACAACCCUGAUUAGUUCCUCAGUGUUUGCAAAUGGUACUCUUGAUGACUUUUACUGUGUGUAACUUUGUUUUGAGGAAACUAUAAGCUCUUCUUACUGGAUAAGUAUUGUUAAGAGUUAUGUGCUUCUUGACUGUUGUGAAUGAUAGCUGUAAGUUUGAUAUUUAACAUACUCGCCUUUCCCUCUUUUCUCACUACUUGUAUUGUAUGUUCUGCCCGGUUAAACAAAUUGCUGUUUCCCUCAACCUUAAUAAUCACUUGUAAUUGAAAA